UUUGAAGUGUCAAUAUCCGACUAUUCUUAAAUACAGUGUUGGUAUCUUAAAUACAGUGUUGGUAUCUACUUAACUAGGAGAUGAGAUCAAUGUUACUGUAUGUCUUUAUAAAUGUGAGGAUAUCAUUAAAAUGUCACGUCAUGACAUUAUUUGUAACUGUUCUGUUAUAGAUUGAAAGGAUUUUAUCAUUUGAAACAUAUCUUAUCUGGUGAUACUAAGUACUGUCUAACAGAAAAUGUAACUUUUAAAUGUCCGUGUAAAGAUAUUUUUUAUUUUUCUUAGUCUUAAAUCAUAUUUAUCACAAACAAUAUGGCGGUGGUUGUUGGUAAAGGAUCCUUUCGAGGAUUUGCGGAAAGUACACAUUCAGCGGACAUACUCCAAGACGAUUUGUCAGCCGAAGAGAAAAUCAGUAGCUGCCUACAGAAGAUUGCUCGUAAUACUCAACAACUUAAAAAGAUGAUAGACAGUGUAGGAUCAUCGUUGGAUUCCAGAGACCUCAGACAUAAGUUGAGCGCUGUUCAAUCGGAAACUAAUCAACUUACAAAAGACACCAACAUGGCAAUAAAGAUAUAUGGAGAUUCUCCUGUGUUCGAUGAUGCUGAGCUUAAAGAAAAAACUAUUCAACAUAGACGGUUCAAGGAAAGUUUUCAUGACAUACUGAAGGAGUACAACGAUCUGCAGAAGACUAUCCGAGCGAAAGAACGUGAAAGUCUUCGAAAAUCUCUUAUGAAAUCAGGCAUUUAUGACAUAGAUGUUGAUGAAAGAGGAGAACUGAUCAAAGACGGUGAGCAUAUUCAAGCAGAAAUGAUUCAAGCGGAAGUUGAUCUAGAUUUGAUCAAAGAAAGAGAACAAGAACUAAAACAAUUGGAGCAAGACAUAUGUGAUGUCCAUGACAUUUUCAAAGAGCUUGCUGGUAUGGUUGAAGAGCAAGGCAAUAAUAGAUAUUAUUAA